AUGACAAUGAACUCUUCGUUUUUCAGCAGUGAAGAAAAUAGCCAAACUGCGUACAAAAUCAACGCUUUUGACGGAUGUUCACCAUUGUCUUCUUAUCUUGAUGACACACGAUUUCGUAAUCAGAAGUCAACUUAUGAAAGUAGUACGAAAGCUGUAAAACAUCUGAAACAAGAUAAUCUUGCCUUAAAGGAUUUAGGCUGUGUAAACAAAUCACUUAAUGAGGGUUUUAGCGAGCCCAACAACAACAGUACCUAUGGGAAAGAAAUCAGACAGGCCUAUACGGAGUUUUUGCGUUGUUCAAGCCCCAAGCUUCAGAAGAUUCGUGAUCGGCUACGAUCUGUUCGAAAUGAAUUCAUUAAACACAAAUCAGAUUGCGAAAAAAACAAGAAAAUGUUUCCUCAAGAAGUGUUGCUCCGAAUCAAGAAGGAACUACAGCAUGCAACGGAUAGCUUGUUUACAGAACCGAUCAGUGAGGACGGACCUCAUCGAACGCCACAAUUCCUCCACUCGAGUGAUCCAAGUGAUCUAUCAGAUCACGCACCGCCGAAUAUGGAUCUCUGCAAAUGCGAAGCUUUAUGCAACAGGAUACAGAAUAGUAUUACGAAGACAACACACAUUUUACUGGAUCUCCGUGCAAACAUGGAAGAGUAUCUGAAACAAGGCGGGAGCGGAAAUUCGCAGCGGCUUGUAGAUGAUACCCGGGAG